AAAUAAAUAAAACAAAAUGCGUCAAUUCGUCAGUGCUUUGUUGAUCUCCUUGUUCGUUGUCUCUGCCUAUGGCAGCACCGCCUGUACCAGCCCAAAGGCUACCGUCACAUCGUUCAGCACUCAGGAUGCCACAAUUUUGACCCAGUUGGCUCAUGUUGGUGAAUUCACCUUGAAGUGUGGCAAUGGAGCCAAACCCACUUUGUUUGCCGAGUUCCCCUGUGGCAAAGUUGUUCCCGUUGCUCAAGUUGGUGAUGAAAAAUACCAGGUCAGCUGGACUGAAGAAAUCAAGAAGGGCUCCAGUGGCAAUGUUGUAGUACGUCUUUUCGACGAAGAUGGCUAUGCUAACUUGCGCAAGGUACAACGUGAUGGCGGCAAGGUUUCCAAUGUCAAGUCUUUGGUUGACAUUACCAUCAGCACCAAGAGUGCCUACAAGGGUCCCUGGGUUAAGGCUGAACUUGUUGCCGCUUUGAUUGUUGGCGGUAUUGCCUACUUUGCUGUCACCACCAAAUCCAAGGUGCAACAAUAAAACAAACCA